AACACUUUCACACCAUCCAUCUACUUCACAACCCAAUUAGAAAUACUUAAAAAAAUUCUUUCUUUACUUGUAAUUUGCAUCUACUAAAUUUUAAAUCGACCUUCAAGAAAGAAAAAAACAUGAGUUCAACUAGCAGAGCUUGGAUUGCGGCAGCAAGCGUAGGAGCUGUGGAGGCUUUGAAAGAUCAAGGGAUCUGCAGGUGGAACUACACCAUCAGAUCAAUUCACCACCACGCCAAGACCAAUCUCAGAUCCUUCUCUCAGCGAAAUAAGCUUUCUUCAUCGUCUCCGGCCAAGGUUGCGAGCACGGCGAUGAGGAGGGAAGAGAGGGCGAAGCAACAGCAAUCGGAGGAGUCUCUCAGGAAAGUCAUGUACUUGAGCUGCUGGGGUCCCAAUUGAUCAUCCAACCCCAACCCCAUAUCUGAAUGUGGCAAGACAGAGGCUCAAAUGUAAAUAUACAUAAUAGAAAGUUUUGAUUUAAUUAUAAGAGAAAUGUUGUCUCUUGAAUUUGGGAUAUUAUUGUUCGCAAUGACAGCAAAUUACACUCUACUACACUCUCAACUUCCCCUUGUCAUUUGUUCUUCUUAGCUAAAAAUGAUUACAUUCUAUUCCAUUAAUCUUCUAAUUUGUUUCAAA